CCUGACGAUAAUGGCAAUGCAGGUAAGUCUAAUGAAGCUAAGAGUGCUUUCAUUGUCAGAUUCGAGGACGGCGACCCUGCGAACCCAAUGAACUGGAGCUCAACGUACAAGGCAUGGUUGACCUUUGAGCUGGGCCUCGUGGCGUUCCUCGGCUCAGUUGGAUCGUCCAUCAUCACACCAGCAGAGACUAUAAUUGAGGAACUUUACAAUGUCAGUCAUGAGGCGACAGUAUUGGUCCUCUCUCUUUUCGUACUAGGUUUCGCACUUGGACCACUCAUAUGGGCACCCAUUAGUGAGGUCUAUGGCCGAAGGUGGUCCAUCCUGCCAGCCGUCUUCGUCUUGGGCCUUUUCAGUAUUGCCACCGCGGUCAGCAACAACGCCGCAAGUAUCUUCGCCACUCGAUUCAUGGGUGGUAUCUUUGGUUCCGCGCCCAUCAGCAACGUCUCGGCAGCACUGGGAGAUUUCUACUCCCCAAAGACCAGAGGCGUAGCCAUGGCCUUUCUCGCCAUGUGCGUGGUAGGAGGGCCUUGCUUGGCUCCCCUGAUGGGUGCGGCCAUCGUCGUCAAUCCUCACCUGGGAUGGCGCUGGACCGAGUAUAUUUUGGCCAUCAUGGUCUUUGCCGUCUUCUUACUAGCACUUAUCGACAUGCCAGAGACGUAUCCUCCCGUUCUGCUCAAGCGAAAGGCCAAGCAGAUGCGCAAGGCGACCGGCGAUGAGCGGUACUGGCACCCACAGGAGCACGAGAAGAUCAGCGUCCAGAAUGUUCUCACAAAAUACCUUACGCGGCCUGUACGCAUGUUCUUUACCGAACCGAUGCUGAUGUACAUUGCAAUCUACGCAUCUUUCGUAUACGGCCUCCUCUUCCUCACCUUGGAGGUAUUCCCGAUUGUGUUCUACGAACAGCGCAAGUGGGGCUUGGUCGUGUCCGAAUUGCCAUUUCUAGGCCUAUUCGUUGGCGUGCUAUGCGCCAUGUUUGUCAAUAUUCUGAAUCAGCCUCUGUACAUUCGUGCCAUGGUCAAGAACAACGGUCGGGCGGUUCCGGAAGCUCGACUGCCUCCCAUGAUCGUCGGAGGGUUCCUGUUCUCCAUCGGGCUCUUCUGGUUCGGGUGGACAGCAACACCCAGGUAUCCGUGGGCCAGCCCUGUCGUGGCCGCCGCGUUCAUCGGUGCGGGUUUCAACAUCGUCUUCCAGCAGUGCCUCAACUUCCUGGUCGACACAUAUGGCCCUUUUGCCGCCAGCGCCAUGGCGUCAAAUACCUUUCUCCGGUCUCUGUUGGCCUGUGCUCUUCCCCUUGCGGCCAGGCCUAUGUUCCUCAACAUGGGCAUCGGCCCAGCGGCCAGCCUUCUCGGCGGAAUCUCCUGUUUGGCCUUGCCAGUGCCUCUGAUCUUCAUGAAGUACGGCGUCAAGUUGAGAAAGAUGUCCAAGUUCGCGCCGGCAUAUGAGGGUUGAGUGAGCACUAAGCUCCGUGUGGAGAGAGCUGAGAGCGGGUGUAUUCCCCUACCACCUCUGGGCUUGGCUGUGAGGAGAUGCCACAGUGGAAUGGACUUCUGUAGUGCACGAACAGACGGUUGGAGGAAUUGAAUGACCAACUUGGCAAAUUUGUGGGCUUCUAAUAUUCACAGGAAAGUCUGUUAAUAAUAGUGGCAGUAUCGCUUAGUGCAUUCAAGGUUGAGUUCAAUAUCAGUGGAAAGCCGAUAUGGGCUAGAGUGAAAACCCCGAUACAUGUUAGCUGACCAUAUGAUCAUUAUUUCCCCU